UUCUAUAAUCUAAUCAAAAAGGAUUUGUAAAAAACUGCAUAGAGAGAGAGAGAGAGAGAUUCAGAUCUGAUAUAACUUAAAAAAGGAGACUAUAAUAAAUUCAUACUUCGCCGACGUUUUAGUUCAAUCCUUUUACACGUCUCUCUCUCUCUCCCGGAGUAGUAACAAUGACGAAAAUGCCCUUCUCCGUCGUCGUCGUCGCCUUCUUCCUCCUCUUCACCGCCGCACCUUCAAUGGCGGAGAUCAAAUCCCUCGUCAUCUCCGACGACGCACGUCCGAUGAUCCUCUUCGAGAAAUUCGGAUUCACGCACACAGGCCACGUCACCGUCUCAAUCUCAUCCGUCUCCGUCGUCUCCACCUCCUCAGAUCCGAAUCCAGAACCUUCGCGUCUCGGAUUCUUCCUCCUCUCGGAAGAGUCACUUCUCCAGGUCCUCCUCGAGAUCCAGCAGAACCCUAGAUUCUGCGUCCUCGAUUCGCACUACGUCACUCAUCUCUUCACGUUCAGAGAUCUAUCACCACCACCAAACUCCAGAUUCAACCAAUCGUACCCAGUCACUUCCCCUAACGAGUACUCUCUCUUCUUCGCCAAUUGCGUCCCUGAAACCAAAGUCUCCAUGGCGGUUCGUACGGAGAUGUAUAACAAAGAUCCCAACGGAUCUAAAGACUACCUACCAGCUGGAUCUACUCAAUUGCCUACUCUCUACUCCUUCUUCUUCCUCUGCUACGUUGCUUUCCUCGGUUUCUGGAGCUACACUUGCUACACGAACAAGCUUACCGUUCAUCGGAUCCAUCUCCUCAUGGCAGGUCUGCUUCUAAUCAAAUCCUUGAAUCUGAUCUGUGCAGCUGAAGAUAAACAUUACGUGAAGAUCACAGGAACGCCUCAUGGCUGGGAUAUACUCUUUUACAUCUUCCAGUUCAUCCGUGUUGUGCUUCUCUUCACCGUGAUCAUCUUGAUCGGAACUGGCUGGUCGUUUUUGAAACCUUUCUUGCAGGAGAAAGAGAAGAAUGUUUUGAUCAUUGUGAUCCCUCUUCAGGUAUUAGCCAACAUUGCUUCCAUUGUGAUUGGUGAAACUGGACCUUUUAUCAAAGAUUGGGUUACUUGGAACCAAGUGUUUUUGCUCGUUGAUAUCAUCUGUUGCUGUGCGAUCAUCUUCCCUAUCGUUUGGUCGAUUCGAUCUUUGAGGGAGACUUCGAAAACAGAUGGUAAAGCUGCGAGGAACUUGUCGAAGCUCACGUUGUUUAGACAGUUCUACAUUGUUGUCAUUGGGUAUCUUUACUUCACGAGAAUCGUGGUGUUUGCGCUUAAAACGAUUNGCCGCACC